GAAAUUUCUUUGAAUUUCUUCCGUGGAUCAAGAUUUGGAACCAAGUCAUCAUUUUUGUUUCUUCUUUUGUAACCAGUUCGAAUAGAAAUUGUUGGAUAUGGCAACAUACAAGCCCGAGAACAUCCUUAUUACUGGUGCAGCAGGCUUUAUUGCCUGUCAUGUGGCCAAUAGACUCAUCCGGAACUAUCCCCGUUACAAGAUUGUGGUUCUUGACAAGCUUGACUACUGCUCAAAUAAAAAAAAUCUCGACCCCUCCUGUUCAUCUCCAAAUUUCAAGUUCGUCAAGGGAGACAUUGCCAGUGCUGAUCUUGUUAAUCACAUUCUUCUCACGGAAUCAAUCGAUACAAUUAUGCAUUUUGCAGCUCAGACUCAUGUUGACAACUCAUUUGGAAACAGCUUUGAGUUCACGAAAAACAAUAUUUAUGGGACUCAUGUCCUUCUUGAGGCUUGCAAAGUCACUGGAAAUAUCAAGAGGUUUAUUCACGUCAGCACUGAUGAGGUUUAUGGGGAGACAGAUGAGGAUGCUGUUGUUGGGAAUCAUGAGGCUUCUCAACUCCUCCCUACAAACCCGUACUCUGCAACUAAAGCCGGGGCUGAAAUGCUUGUUAUGGCAUAUGGAAGAUCAUAUGGUUUACCUGUGAUAACUACAAGAGGAAACAAUGUGUAUGGGCCAAAUCAGUUCCCUGAGAAGUUAAUUCCCAAAUUCAUUCUUUUGGCAAUGAAGGGACAGAAUCUUCCCAUUCAUGGUGAUGGUUCCAAUGUACGCAGUUAUCUUUAUUGUGAGGAUGUUGCAGAGGCUUUUGAAAUCAUUCUACACAAAGGUGAAGUAGGCCAUGUCUAUAACAUUGGGACCGAUAAAGAGAGGAGAGUUCUUGAUGUUGCGAGCGAUAUUUGCAAGCUUUUCUCGUUGGAUCCGAAUGCAGUGAUCAAGUUUGUCAAUAACAGGCCCUUCAAUGACCAGAGGUACUUUUUAAAUCAUGAAAAGCUAAAUAAUUUGGGGUGGUCAGAGCGCACUACAUGGGAAGAAGGCCUUAGAAAAACCAUGGAAUGGUAUGUUAAGAAUCCUGAUUGGUGGGGAGAUGUAUCUGGUGCUUUGGUUCCUCAUCCACGGAUGCUGAUGAUGCCUGGAAUGGGAAAAAGUAGUUCUGAUGUUGGCUCUAUCGAUACAUCUUCGGUCUCAAACAAUUCUGCUCUGAAGCGAAUGGUGAAUCCAAGUAGCAAAAAUAUUCAUCAUGCCCGAAAGUCAUCCUUAAAGUUCUUGAUCUAUGGUAGGACUGGAUGGAUAGGAGGCCUUCUUGGAAAGAUAUGUGACAAACAGGGGAUAGCAUACAACUAUGGUAAAGGGCGACUUCAAGACAGAGUACAGCUACUUGCAGACAUUCAGAAUGUUAAGCCAACUCAUGUGCUCAAUGCUGCUGGAGUAACUGGUAGGCCGAAUGUGGAUUGGUGCGAGUCUCAUAAACCAGAGACCAUUAGUACCAAUGUUGUUGGUACUUUAACCUUGGCAGAUGUUUGUAGAGAACAUGGGCUUCUCAUGAUGAAUUUUGCCACAGGAUGCAUAUUUGAAUAUGAUGCUGGCCACCCCCUUGGAUCAGGUACUGGAUUUAAGGAAGAAGACAAGCCUAAUUUUACUGGUUCAUUCUACUCGAAAACCAAGGCCAUGGUUGAAGAACUCUUGAAAGAAUAUGAUAAUGUAUGCACCCUUAGAGUUCGAAUGCCAAUAUCAUCUGAUCUUAAUAACCCACGCAACUUCAUCACAAAGAUUGCAAAGUAUGACAAAGUUGUAAACAUCCCCAACAGCAUGACUGUGUUGGAUGAACUUUUGCCAAUUUCAAUUGAAAUGGCUAAGAGGAACUGCAAGGGCAUAUGGAACUUUACUAACCCAGGUGUUAUAAGUCACAAUGAGAUAUUAGAGAUGUACAGGGCCUACAUUGAUCCAAAAUUCAAGUGGACAAAUUUCGCCCUUGAAGAACAGGCCAAGGUUAUUGUAGCCCCUCGCAGUAAUAAUGAGAUGGAUGCAUCCAAGCUGAAAAAGGAGUUUCCUGAAUUAUUGUCCAUCAGGGAAUCUCUGAUUAAGUAUGUCUUUAAACCCAACAAGAAAAACUUGACUGCUGGAACUGCCAUUUGAUGUAUAAAAAACAUUGUGGCCAAUUUUCACUAUAUACUCAAGGAAAGACCUAGAUAUCCCAAAUUAUGUUACAUUGUGUAUUUCUAAAAUUGAAGUGUUCUAGUGAUAGCAGAAGUAAAUUGCUCGGAGCAUAUUUUGU